GAACAGAAGGAAAUCUUUGAAAACAGCACAGGAUGAGAUGGUGGAGCAGAACCUCCUGAGUCACGAUGGACCAAGGAGGGAAAAGAGAAGCCACAGAAAACAGAAGACAGACAAAUCCAUCACUUCUCAAAGUGGCUUCUUCACUGAGCAAAGAGAACAACCAGAAAACAGAGAUGCUUUGAGAACAUCCACAAAGGAGAAAACAAUUCAAAUGGCAGAAUCUGGAGAAAAAAGCAGUGGGAGCAGAAACAAUGGAAACAGCCCCACAUGCCCUACAGAGGUGAAGCGAUUUACUUGUUUGGAGUGUGGAAGGAGCUUCAGGAAUCAGAAGGAGUUUGCUGCCCAUCAGAAGAUUCACACAAGACAGAAAUCACAUAAAUGUGCAGACUGUGGAAAGAGCUUCUGCAAGAAAUGGAACCUUAAACUACAUAAAAGAACCCACACAGGGGAGAAGCCUUUCAAAUGUUCAAAGUGUGAGAAAAGCUUCACUGACAGCUCAAACCUUACUAAACAUAAAAGAGUUCACAGAAGGGAGAAGCCUUACAAAUGUUUGGUGUGCGAUAAAAGCUUCACUGACAGCUCAAACCUUACAGUACAUAAAAGAACCCACACAGGGGAGAAGCCCUACAAAUGUUCUGUGUGUGGAAAACAUUUCGCACAGAUCUCAAACCUUAAAGUACAUGAAAGAACUCACACAGGAGAGAAACUGCACAAGUGUGAACAAUGUGGAAAGAGCUUCACCCGUAAAUCAGACCUGCAGAGGCAUCAAAGGCACCACACAAGGGAGACCCCCAACCAGGAUUCAAAUCUCAGUGAGCGUUUAGAUGAUGAAUCGAGACCUCAUGAAGGUGAGAACGCACAACAGAUGGAAACCAUGUAACUUCCUCAACUAUCCUAAGAAAGUUGCAUCCACACAAUAUAUUUAAAGCUUCCCCCUAAAGAAUACUGGGAACUUAAAGGUGUUCAUAAAGGUGUCUGGAAUUUAGACCUAUGAGGUUGAAACUACUGUUUCCAAAAUUCUUUUGAGAAAGCCAUAUAAUAGCUACAAAGGAGCUUUAAAUGUUUAGUGCAGAUGUGACCUCAGUCUCGGCGUCCAUCUCUUGGGCAUCGCAGGAGCCACCCAGAGGCCACGUCCCCCUGAACCUCCCAAUACACACACAUAAUCCAUGCUUUGGGUGGGUUCUUGAGUCUUUUAAGUGGCUAAAAUACAUUGCCUCAGGUUUUGUGUCCAUUUUUUGUGUAGAUUCCAUG